AUGCCUGCCUUAUCACCAACAAUGACCCAAGGUAACUUGGCUGUUUGGAAUAAAGCUGUUGGUGAUGAAUUACAACCAGGUGAAGCUAUUGCUGAAAUUGAAACUGAUAAAGCUCAAAUGGAUUUCGAAUUCCAAGAAGAAGGGUUUUUAGCUAAGAUCCUUGUUGAAGCUGGUGCUAAAGAUAUUCCAGUUAAUACUCCAAUUGCUGUUUAUGUUGAAGAUAAAGCUAAUGUUGAAGCUUUUAAAGAUUUCACUGCUGAAUCAAAAUCCGAUUCUGCUCCAAAAGAAGCUCCAAAAGAAGAAUCAAAAUCAGAAUCAAAACCAACUGAAUCAUCAGGCUCAGCUCCAGCUAAAAAAUCAUCAGGUUCUUCAGCUCCAACUGAUAGAAUCAUUGCAUCUCCAUUAGCUAAAACUAUUGCCUUAGAUAAAGGUAUUUCAUUAAAACAAGUUACUGGUACUGGUCCAAAUGGUAGAAUUGUUAAAGAAGAUGUUGAAAAAUACAUUGCUUCAGGUGCUGGUCAAGCUUCAGCUUCUCCAGCCGCUGCUACUGCUGCCACUUCUGAAGUUUCAUAUACUGAUAUUCCAAUUACAAACAUGAGAAAAAUCAUUGGUAAACGUUUAUUAGAAUCAACUCAAACAAAUCCAUCAUAUAUUGUUUCAUCACAAAUUUCUGUUUCUAAAUUAUUAAAAUUAAGAGCUUCAUUAAAUUCUCAAGCUAAUGAUCGUUAUAAAUUAUCAAUUAAUGAUAUUUUAAUUAAAGCUAUUUCAUCAGCUGCUCAAAGAGUUCCAGAAGCUAAUUCUCAUUGGAUAGAAUCAGAAGGUGUUAUUAGACAAUAUAAUAACGUUGAUGUUUCAGUUGCUGUUGCUACACCAUCUGGUUUAAUUACUCCAAUUGUUAAAAAUGCUCAUUCAAAAGGUUUAGUUACAAUUUCUUCAGAAGUUAAAGAUUUAGGUAAACGUGCUAAAGAUAAUAAAUUAAAACCUGAAGAAUUCCAAGGUGGUACUAUUUGUAUUUCUAAUUUAGGUAUGAAUCAUGCAGUUAAUUUAUUCACUUCAAUUAUUAAUCCACCACAAUCAACCAUUUUAGCUAUUAGUACUGUAACAAAAGUUGCUGUUCCAGAUAAUGCUAAUCCAAAUGGUUUCAUUUUCGAUGAUAAGAUUAACAUUACUGGUACUUUUGAUCAUAGAGUUGUUGAUGGUGCUAAAGGUGGUGAAUUUAUUAAAGCUUUAAAAGAAGUUAUUGAAAAUCCAUUAGAAUUAUUAUUAUAA